CUCUAUAUAAUUCAUGAAUGAUUAAUCCCAAGAUCCUCAUUCUUUGGUCCUUCACUUUGGCCUCCUUUAAUCUCUCCUUAUCUCUCUAUCCGACAUGGGAAAAGACAAAAAUCUAACGGAGGCGCUUCUCUCUACGGCGGAAAACCCCGACCCGACGACCCAUCUUCCCUUCUCACCCGCUAAUGAUAUUCCUCGGAUCACAACCAUUGGUGGAUUCGUCAAGGAGUUUAACGUGGAGGCCAAAAAGCUAUGGUACCUAGCCGGUCCAGCCAUUUUCACGUCCGUUAACCAAUAUUCUCUUGGCGCCGUUACUCAGGUAUUCGCCGGUCACGUCAGCACCAUCGCUCUCGCCGCCGUCUCUGUGGAAAAUUCUGUUAUCGCCGGAUUCUCCUUUGGCAUCAUGCUUGGCAUGGGAAGUGCGUUGGAAACGCUAUGUGGGCAAGCGUUUGGAGCGGGGAAAUUAUCUAUGCUUGGCGUUUACCUGCAGCGAUCAUGGGUGAUCCUAAACGUGACGGCUCUUAUCCUCACUCUCCUCUAUAUCUUCGCCGCCCCAAUCCUCGCCUCCAUCGGCCAAACUCCGGCGAUCUCUAGCGCCGCGGGAGUUUUUUCCAUCUACAUGAUCCCUCAAAUCUUCGCUUACGCCGUUAAUUUCCCAACCGCUAAGUUCCUCCAAUCACAAAGCAAGAUAAUGGUCAUGGCCGCUAUUUCCGCUGCUGCGCUGGCUCUCCACGUGCCCAUCACGUGGUUUGUCAUGGAGAAGCUCAAGUGGGGCAUGGCGGGUCUAGCCGUCGUGCUUAAUGGCUCCUGGUGGUUCAUUGACGUGGCACAGCUCGUGUACAUAUUUAGUGGCACGUGCGGUGAAGCUUGGUCUGGUUUAUCAUGGGAAGCUUUUCACAACUUGUGGGGUUUCGUUAGAUUGUCUUUGGCUUCUGCUGUUAUGCUCUGUCUGGAGGUUUGGUAUUUUAUGGCAAUCAUAUUAUUUGCUGGAUAUUUGAAGAAUGCUGAAGUCUCAGUAGCCGCACUCUCCAUCUGCAUGAACAUUUUGGGAUGGACCGCCAUGGUUGCAAUUGGGAUGAACACAGCCGUCAGUGUGAGAGUGUCAAACGAAUUAGGAGCAAACCAUCCAAGAACAGCCAAGUUCUCACUAGUAGUAGCAGUGAUAACAUCGACGUUGAUUGGAGUCAUUGUAUCGACCGUUCUACUCAUCUUUAGGAAUCAGUAUCCAUCGUUAUUUGUGGGCGAUGAAGAAGUCAUCAUUCUGGUUAAAGAACUCACACCAAUACUUGCACUCUCCAUUGUCAUCAAUAAUGUGCAACCUGUCUUAUCAGGGGUGGCUGUGGGAGCUGGAUGGCAAGCAGUGGUGGCGUACGUUAACAUCGCUUGCUACUACUUGUUUGGAAUCCCAUUUGGUCUAUUGUUAGGAUACAAGCUCGACUUUGGUGUAAAGGGAAUCUGGUGUGGGAUGUUAACGGGAACUGUGGUUCAGACAAUAGUCUUGACGUGGAUGAUCUGCAAAACAAAUUGGGCCAAGGAGGCUGCAAUGGCUGAUGACAGGAUAAGAGAGUGGGGAGGAGAAGUAUCGGAAAUAGAGCAACUCUCGAACUAAAAAGACAUUACGUACGUAAACUAGUACUCAUAUCAAAGAAACUCAGCUCGCCAUUUGUGUUUGGAUCAACAGCACUUUGUAUCUUAAUUUUAGAGUUGAAGGCAUUUCACCCUAAAUUUUAUAAUAACUAGGGACAUUGUGGACAGAGUUCUUGUUUCAUCUCAAUAUUUGCUAGGGUUAUUGUGGUU